AUGUUGACUGGAAGAAUGAGUCGUUGGGCACUCCUAAUAAGCGAAUAUGAUGUAAAAUUGGUGACACCUACCACCAUUAAGAGCCAAGCUUUGGCUGACCUCUUGUCGAUCUGUCCUGAAAAAGCAACGAUUGAAGAGUUGCCAAAUCAGAUUCCAGGAAUAAUAGAGACUAUUUAUGCUUGCAAUGAAGAAGAAACAUGGACCCUCAUGUUUGAUGGAACACCCUCGAAUCCUCAAGGAGGAGCAGGAGUCGUCCUUACAGACUCCCAUGGAAGAAAUCUGUCAUUCAUGUUUCGAUUGGAUUUCUCUUGCACCAACAAUGAGGCAGAGUAUGAAGCGCUAAUGCUCGGUCUAAAGAUGGCUCAAGAAGUUGGUAUCAAGAAACUCCAUGUCAAAGGAGACUCCAACCUAAUAAUACAACAAAUCCUAGAAGGGUAUGGCACGAAGGAAAGAAGUCUGGCCUUAUGCAGAGAGCAAGUGUGGCGCAUGAUGAAGGUAUUUGAUAAGAUCUCAUUUGAGCAUGUACCCCGAACAGAAAACAAGCAUGCGGAUGCUUUAGCAACAUUGGGGAGUAGAGUCACUAUUCAAAAUGGACAACAUACUUUGGAACACCGGGAGAAGAAGAAGGGAAAGAAAAAGCAGAACAACUGCAUGGAACCACUUGCAGAGAAGAAGGCCCCGGUUUGUACCGAAGGCUCCAGAGGUGAGGCUUCCUGCAAGGCUUGUCAAGAAACAAAAGAAAGCAUGCAGAUAUGUAAUGUUCACAAUUGGCAACAACCCAUCGUAGAGUACCUCGAUGCUGGAUUUUUGCCUUCAGAGAAAAUAGAAGCUGAGAGAUUGAAGAAGAGAUCAAAACGUUACUUCUUGCAAAAAGGAAGAUGCAAUCAACUGGGCCAAAAGGUGUGUACAAUACCAAAAGCAUGCAAACUUGAUACAUGCGCCAAGCGUGCAGAAGAACAGCCUCAAAACACCAUACCCAUUCCAUACAUGGGCGGUAGAUUUUGUGGGACCAAUCAACCCCCAUCAAUGGAGAAGAAAUGGAUUCUAGUUGCAACAGAAAGCUUCACCAAGUGGGUGGAGGCUGUCGUUGUCAGGGAAGCAAAUGCUGAAGCAGUAGUGAGAUUUAUCAAAGAAAAUAUAAUAUGUAGGUUCGGGCUGCCAAGUGUUCUAGUGUCCGAUAAUGGAACCCACUUUGUUAACCAAAGAGUGUGGGGUGUUCUUGAACAAUACCAAAUCAAACAUCACAAGUCUUCCCCCUACUACCCGCAAGGCAAUGGCCAGGCAGAGGCUACUGACAAGAGCCUUUUGAAAAUACUCACAAAGAUGGUGACCGAUGCUCAUAAAGAUUGGAGUGAAUACUUACCACUUGCUCUUUGGGCUUACAGAACAACUAGACAAGGAACAACCGGAGUAACGCCUUUCUCGUUGGUUUAUGGGGUUGAAGUUGUACUGCCAACAGAGAUUGAAGUACCCACCACUAGGAUGUUGUUAGACGAGGCAAGGGAUCGUGAAGCUGAGUUGCAAGAAUUGGAAGAAAAAAGAGAAGUUGUGGGAAGCAAGAUGGAAGAAUACCACCGGAGACUAGCGUUAGCUUACGACAAGCAUGUUCAGCCCAGGGUGUUCCUAGAGGGUGAUCUGGUGCUAAAAUCAGUAGACGUAGUAAUGAGGAAGAUGUCUUUGCCAAAAUGGGCUCCCAAAUAG